GUGUGAUCUACAGCGGAGUGUAAAUAGAAACACACUCACACCUCAGACAGCGUCCUGCGGAGCAAAGAGAAGAGGACUGAACAGGUUUCCAAACAGAAGACAAAAUGAAAACUAUCCCAAAGCGACAAUGGUUUUUCGUGCAUCUACACUGUUUCCUGAUUGGCAGUUUAGUUGACUCCUCUUCCCUCUCCUCCAUCCCCGAGUCCCUGUCGGUCACCUCCCUGGUGGGGAACCAGGCGGUCCUUCCCUGCAGCUGGAAGCAGCGCCUGGGCGCGCAGGCGCCGCCGGCCUCCUGCCACAUCCAGUGGGCCACGCCGGACGACACCGUGUUCGAGCAGCGCGGCGAGCAGAAGUGGCAGGCCGAGGAGUUCGAGGGCCGCGCGGAGGUUUCCGAGGAGAAGCUGGGCUCCGGCGACUGUUCGCUGAUCAUCAGCGACGUUCAGAUCGGAGACACGGGCCGAUACGAGAGCUUCUUGGUGGUGGACGGACGGAGGAACGUGAAGACCAGGGUCUUCAUUCAGAGCGUCAAGCUGUCCGUGUUCGACCACAAAUCCCUUCAGUCUCGAGGUCCAGGGGAGGACUUGGUCCUGGAUCUGUACACCCGGCACUCUGUGAGAGUCGUCUUCCAGGGCAGGAACAGCUCGGAGUGGUCGGACAUGUGGAUGAGGGGGGACGAAGACUCUCCGCGUCUGGAGAAACAUCCGCUCAACGAGCAGCUGACCAUUAAGAAGUUAGCGAGCUCGGAUGAAGGGACGUACAAAGUUCUGGAUGCAAACGGCCUCGCUGUCAGCACCGUGCAGCUCUCUGUGAACGAAAAGUACACUGCUCGGAAAUUCUACCAGACCCAGGAAAAUCAAGUACCAACAGAUGACGCUGCCAAAAGCAGCUGUUCAGCACUCCUCAUCUUGUCUGUUCUUGUCACGGGUUUCCAAAUUAUUCAUCUGCUCUGAGAAGAUCUCCUCUGCAAAAUAACUGGACAUAGAUGCACAACAACUACAUAACACACUGUAGCCAGCAAAUCAUAUAAAGGCCGUCUUUCGGUCAGAUAUUGUAGCGUGUUUCUGAACUUUUUGAAUUGCAUUUCUAAUGGGUGGGAGUGUUGAUUGUAACUUAAGUAGAGUGACAGAGUGUGUGAGAUGUGAUUGAAAAAACAACAACAACUUUGUAUUGCUGUUCGACAGGCUGACGUCUAAAACAAAUUUACGGUUUGAAAAGAAAAUGUGUUUUAAAAGGAAUUAAAAAGAAUUCUGCAAUUUUUGGAAAUAUAUUAACUUCGAGAGUUUGAUGAGACCCCUCAGGGUGCUUGCGCAGCUAUAGUUCGGUGGACUCAGUGGGAUUUGGCGAGCGAAGUUGCAACAUUGUUACAUAAUCCACUUAGUUCGGUUUGCGUUCACAACGCACUUUUAUCGCGCCAAACGCUGUUGACACAGGUCACGCGAUCGGGACGGUCGCUUGUUUAUUGGACAGAAUAUCCGAAACUCGACACUUUUCAAAAUUACAGCGAGUGAAGGAGAGAAAGAUCAUGAUGUCACACAUGAUGACCAACGAUGUAGGGUCAGAACCGGUUAUGGAUCUUAAAAGUUAUCAUCGCUUCAAUCAUAUAUACGUCUCUAAAUUGUGUGUAAGGUUGAAAUUACAAGCUAGUUAAAUGCUCUGUUGUUGGCUCUCUCCUGUGUUUGGGUCGAAUUGCGUUCUCACCUGAAGUGAAGCGAAUUCUAGUUCACUUGGAAGCUAAACCGUGACCCCGUUUUCAAGCGGACCACAGUUUGUUUGUUUGUUUGGUCCGCACCAGAGUUGGGAUGAGCUUUCAAACCGGCCCCCCAAAACCAACCGGACAAUCCGACCAAACGAGGCAGGUGUGAAAGCAACCUUAAUAUCGCUCACAUAUCUGUCCGUUAAAUAUAAAGCUGGAGUCCCGACGUGGUUAGCCUAGCUUAGCACAAUGACUGGAAGCAGAGGGAAAACAGCUAGCCUGGCUCUAUUCAGAAAUACACCAAACCAGCAUUUCUAAUGCCGAAAAACACCGCAAUAAAUAGACCUUUCUGCGGCCGGGAGGCGUUUUCAUUCGUUUCAAGCGGGGAAAGAAAUUCUUUGUAAACAGGUCAACAUGACACAGGACGCCUGAGGCUUGGCGUGUUUUCGGCAUAACGCUCAUUAAUUAACAUGCUCCAAUUUGUGAAAUCCAUACAAGUGUAAAAAACAUGUUUUCUUUUUGUAUUGGAGAAUAUGUGCAAUAGUAUUUCUUGACCGGGCCAACUGUAAUUUCACAAUGAUU